UACGUUCAUUGGGCUGAAAUGAUUGGAGUGGGCUCGCUGUUGAUGGCCAUAUUCGGUACACAUACACUGGCACGACUGACAUCACCACUACGGGUUCAUGACAAUUUUCCGCCUGAUCGAUGUGGCUCUCCUGUUCUAUACGGCUCAGCAGCCGAUGAUCUUCGAGAAUAUUUUGGUUCGUUUCGGUGUCGNGUACAGUGUGGACCAGCACUAUCGGCUCAAGACAACGCCAGAUUCAUUUGCAAUUUCGUUAUAAUCAUCGAGAUGCUGCUGUUGUCCUUAUGUGCCAGUGUAUUACUAGCUCCAUCACGGAGCGCGCUCUUCGAUCGUUAUCCACACGGCUGCGGAUCACCAAUCUCGACGAGUUUCACCGACGAGUCAAUGUUGACUCAUAAUGAGCAGCAAUCCGAAGACUAG